GCAUAUAAGACUAGUAGCAUAUAAAGCCACUAAAUAUCACUAUUUUUUUUUUUUUUUUUUGAGGGGAUGAAUAUCACUACUUUAAUACAAGUUUUGGUUGGCGGGCCAAUCCAAAUACUUAAACUAUAGGAGGAGCUAAGGAAUAAAGGGAGUGCUUCAAUCUUACUGCUCAAUCAGUACAUAAAAAAGAUGAAUACAGGGUCCACCACUAGUAGUAUAAAAUAAAAUUUGACGGGGAAAUUAAUUUUCUAAACAAGUCAACUAAAAAAUUGAUAAUUUAUUACAACAAAAAGAUAAGAUGGAAAACACAGAAAAAAUUGUAGAAAUGGACAAAAAGCUUUACAAUGCGGCAGUAACAGGCGACGUACAAAGCAUCCUAAAUGCAAGAGACAUAGAGAGUGGAAGUGAGGAGUAUUUUCUGAGGCAAAGUUUCCCUCAGGAAAACAAUAUCCUUCACUUAGCAAUCCGGCAUGUAAAAUUUGAGUUUAUUGAAGCAGCAAUUUUGAACGGGUUCGUAUCAAGAGCAGCCUUUGAUAAGCUGAUCAUUCAGGGCAACUGCGAUGGAAACACCCCUCUCCAUGUUGCUGCCGAGGUUGGCGACACCGGCAUUUGUAGGCUACUCCUACAACAGGCCACUUAUUCGGCGGAGCCGUGGAUGUUGAAGAAUGCAGACGAUGGCAACACGGCAUUGCAUGUUGCAAUUAUCCAUGGCAAUGUUGAGUUUGCCACAUUGUUGGUGGAGCGACAUCCUUGCCUGGCUCGUAUUAUCAACCGUUCCCGGGAGACGCCUCUUCAUAUUGCAACCUACCGAGAUAUUGAUAUACCAAUCAAGGAAGGAGAAGGCACUUCGGCUUAUUUUAGCUUGAUAAAAUUGCUGGUAGAGAAAGAAAGUUGUGUUGCAUGUUGGCGCGAUGAAAAUGGGUUUACUCCUCUGCAUAGAGCAGCAUCAAUCACGUCAGACUACAAUUUACCGAUUAUUAGACUCAUACUUGAGCAUUGCCCACAGUCUGCGGAGGUGCGUGAUAAUUCUGGCAAGACCAUCUUACACCUUCUGAAAUGGAUACCCACUUACAAUGAAGGUCUGGAAUUAUUCAAAAUUCCAGUGAUAUACGCCCUCAAGGAUUAUCAGGACCAACAAGGAAAUACACCAUUACACAUGGCUGUAGUAAAUCACAACCUUAAGCUGGUGCAGAUUCUCUCACAUAUCGCUGUCAAAGUAAGCAUAAAAAACAAGGAUGGCAUCUCCGCAAUAGCUAUGAUUCGAGAAGAACUGUUGAUGAGCAUAAAUAAAAGAGAGAUGACAUUAGAGGAAUGCAGAGCAAUGGAUUCUAAAAAUAUAAAAUUUUUAAAUGAUAGAUUGCAAAGGCUUGGGCUGAACUUUUUAGGGGCACGAGAUUCCAAAUGGAGAAAUAUCCUUCAUAAGUUAAUGCACAUAGACAGGGGAACUGUUAUAAUACGUACUGACUAUGUUGCUUUUAUCCGACAAGUCAUUGAGAUGUUUCUAUAUCUUCUUUGUCAAAAAGACAUUUAUGGGGAUACUCCACUUCACAUCCUAGUGCGAAACUCUUUCAAUACCAUGCUUCGUAUACCUACUAACAUGCAGCCAAAGAACUGUGAGCUGUGUCCGUUGUCAACAUUAGGGCUUUUGCCCGAGUUAUUAGAGCUAUGUUAUGCGAUGUAUCAGAGGGAAGAAGCACAUGCGAAUAUGGAAGGAAAUCACUAUGACCCGCCAUGGUUGAUGCAGAACGAGGAAGGAAAUACGCCCCUUCAUGAAGCACUUAUAGCUGAUAGUGAUACAAUACUUUUGAGAAAACUGUUAAAUUUAGAUAUCGAAGUUACUGCUAACUUACUCAACAAACGUAAUGAGACACCUCUCCAUCUUCUAGCCGGACGUUCAACAGAAUUGGAGCCGCUAGAGAGCGAAGUGAUAGAGUCAUUGGUGAAAGCAAAUAAAGAAGCAAUGUUUUGGCUGGACCUGGAUGGUUUCACCCCAAUCCUAAGAGCUGUAAAAGUUGGAAACCUGGCCACAAUUAGAACACUUAAUGCUCUAUCUCAAGAAGCAACGACAAUGCCAGACACUAAUGGACAGACAUUAUGGCACCUGCUUGUGAAUCUUCCGGAGUACUUGACAUGGCGCCUUCUUCGAUUGGAACCCGAUUUGAGAUCUAUGCUAUUGAUACAAGACAAUGAAGGAAACACGCCAUUGCAUCUGGCGAUUGAAGGUCGAUGUUUCAAACAUGCACAACAUUUUCUUGAGUCUGAAACAUCUCCAAAUGAUAGAAAUAAAUGGAUGAAGCAACUUCUAGAGAUAGAAACUAAGGUUGGCGUCACUCCUAGCAAUUUGAUAAGAUCCGCACCACAAAUACCUGAUUAUUUUGAAAAUUUCAUGAAGAAUGAACCUACGAUGAUAGGCAUUCGAAGCGUGUGGGAAGUUCCUACAACCCAAAUGAAAGAAUAUACAGAUACAAUGGGUGUAAUAGCAGCACUUCUAACAACAAUAACCUUCACAGCAGCGUUCACUGUUCCUGGUGGAAUAGUUCCAGACAAAGGAACUCCCUUCCUCAUAAAAAAAGCAGCGUUCAAGAUUUUUCUGAUAUCAGACAUUUUGUCUAUGUGCCUAUCCACCAUGGUCUUAUUUUGCCUUCUUUGGGUCGUGGCGUGUACCGACAAGGGAAAGGCCGUGGUUUUGAUGGAUUUAAGCAUAACGUUGCUCCUAAUAUCAUUCUAUACAACUCUCGUAACGUUUAUGGCAGGUGUGUAUGCUACUAUAUUUCCUGUUAGUCCUUGGAUCGCGAUCAUCACUUUGGUUUUAUGCUCUUUGCUACUGUUUCUUAUGGACAAACGUAUUGUCAUGGCCUAUUUGGUUCCAUUUGGGAGAUCUUUACUUCUUUAUGGUCAGAAGAUAUCGCGACAUGUUCGUGAACCUGAACUAAUUGUUGAUUCACUUAAGAACUUGCAUGGUCGUCACAUGCUUGUUUCAAAUCCAUUGUAAUUUUUCGUGAAGUGUAUCUAGCCACAACAUAUAUCUAGUGGCGUACGUUUAAGGAUAAUUUUGAAUCAGUUUUCAACUUUC